UAUUUUAUUACUUCUAAGGCAUUUGAGACGUGUUUUAUUAUGCAUUGUUGAUUAUAUAAGAUGGGGUCGCCUUUCCCGGGCUUUUUAGCUGUGUGAACACUCCUCAACCGGAUAAUGUUAGCCAUCUUUGUUUCAGGCUGAUUUAUCGGAUUAUAGUGGGAAAACUACCCCAUCUGAACCUCGGUGUUGUAAUUUGUGUUGUAUACAAAAGUUUUCUGCUCGUGUGGCUCAAUUUACUUGAAUAUGGAAUGUGCAAGGUUUUUAAUAACCCCCUUGUAGUUCUGAAAUGCGCUGUGAAGGGCGGAACUUAGCGUAGUGGCAGCCAUCUUAUGCUUAUCCCUGGCUAGCUGGAAAGUGGUGGUGUGGCAAAGACAAGAUGGCCUGUUAAAACUGCGCACAAGCUCAGGGAGAAUUUCCGCAUUCGUGAUUGUAUUCCUAACCAUUGAAAAAUGACUUCGGCGCAUGUGAGGCCUUUGUGACUGACUGCUGAUCCAAGCACUACUACCAACCCGCUGUGCUCGCCAUACUAAGUGGAGCUCUCUUACCCCCCCCUCCCCAAGUCCCUCUAAGCUUCUCGUCCAGCACUAAAACGGAGGUCGUCGGGCUGGAGUGUGUUCUCAUGGCUGAGUCAGAGACUGAGUGUGACACACCCGGCCUUGACACGCUGGGGUCGGAGUGUGUCAUCGCCCACAGCCAGGUUGACCUGCACUAUGCGGCCGAGACGGAGAUCAUGACCGAGGAGAAACGCGGCCUGGAACUGGAGAUCCACGGGGCCGACCUGGCCAAGAUCGAAGGGCUCACCGCUGUGGCCUGUGUGGACGCCAUCGUUACAGAGACGGACCACGACUACGUGACCAAGUUGGACCACCAUGGGGAGAUCCAGUGCUUCACCAUGGGGGGCGAGGGCAAGGGGGAGGCACUGCUGGGAGAGGUGCUGUUAAAAACCGAGACGGAGCAUGUGGUUAAGGUGGAGUCCGACCACGUGGGCGGCGAGCUGACGGUGGAGUCCGAGAACGGCAUGGUGAUCCACGAGGCCCAUGGCCUGCAGUGCAACGAGUGCGGAGAGAUCUUCGGCAGCAUGGCUGACCUGCACCAGCACUUCGAGAUCCACAAGGCCACCAACCCUUACAUCUGCGUGCACUGCGGUGAGAGCUUUGCCGUGGAGUCGAGCCUCAAGCAGCACAUGAAGAUCCACAUGAAAGAGAAAGCCUACGCCACCACAGGCGUGGAGAUGGUGGGCAAAGGGGUGAUCGACGCUUUCAACCUCAAGUCUCACCAGAUGAUCCACACCCCGGAGAAGCCCCACCGUUGCUCCGAGUGCGGCAAGAGCUUUGCGGCAGCCAUCACCCUGCGGGAGCAUAUGAAGAUGCACUCGGAGGACAAGCCAUAUAAGUGCACCCAGUGCAGGAAGAGCUUCAUCCGCCGGCGCCACCUCAAGAAGCACCAGGAGCUCCACGCCAGGGAGAAGCCCUUCACCUGUUCACAGUGUGGAAAGGGCUUCACCACGUCCUCCAACCUGAAGCAGCACCAGAGGACCCACGCAGGGGACAAGCCCCACCGCUGCACGCAGUGCGGGAAGUGCUUUGCUGCUGCCUCCACCCUGCGGGAGCACCAGCGGAUCCACUCUGGGGAGAAGCCCUACAAGUGCAACCAGUGCAGGAAGAGCUUUGUCCGCAAGCGCCACCUCAAGAAGCACCAGCAGGUCCACUCUGGCGGUAAACCCUACUCCUGCUCCCAGUGUGACAAGAGCUUUAACCACUCCUCUUCGCUCUCCCGGCACCACAAGGUCCACCUGGAGGCCCGCAUCUACUCCUCUCCUCCCCAGGGCAAGGCCUUCUCCUACGGGUCCACUAUGAAGCAGCAGGCAAGGCUGCACCAGGGGGGAGGCAGAGGCUCGGGGGACAAACCGUACAGCUGCAACCACUGCGACAAGGGCUUCAAUCAUUCCUCCUCCCUAUCCCGCCACCAAAGAGUGCACUCGGAGGGGAAGAGCUACACCUGCGGCCACUGUGGGAAGAGGUUCAACCACUCCUCUUCCCUGUCCAGGCACCAGCGUGUUCACCAAGAGGAGAAGCAGCAGCAGGUGCAGCAGCAGGUGGUGGUGCAGCAACAGUACAGCGCUGUGCCCUCGACAAAGGGAUUCCCCCACACCACCAUCCUCAAACAGCGCAUCCUGGCCAGCGAGAAGCCAUACAGGUGCUCCCAGUGUGGCAAAGGCUUCAACCAUUCAUCUUCUCUCUCCAGGCAUCAUAGGAUCCACAUAGACCAGUGAGCUUCUAGUACACGCACUCAAACGUAGUCCCAUACACACAGCCCUGACCGACGCCCACCCCUGUGAUGUUUAUUUUCUACCAAUUGAUCCCGAGCUCCAGACAUGACACAA